CAAGACUUUGAUUCGACGUCGCCGCGCGAGAAUCGCGAUGAUAUGGGGUGGUGCGCGCACUACUAUCGCUAAACAUUAUCAUCCCAAUGGAUUCUUCUGCUUCUCUGACAAGGAGAAUAACAACUAACGAGCUUCGCUGAGCUGACGAUCUUACAUGUCUAUAGCGUGCGCGUAACAUAGAGUCCAUCAGAGCUAGCUCCGAGUUCGCAAUCCUUUAAUGUGUUUUAAGUUUUUGUUUCUUCUCAUCGUUUGAAGGCCCAACGAUAUGAGAACGAAAUUUAGACGUGCAACAUCCAACGACGAAGAAGACGAAGUAAACAGUAAAUUGAUCGAGGGAGAAUGGGUUGCAUUAACAGCCGGACGGACAUCAACGACUAUCAUCCGAACAUCUUCCAAGUGAUCAACGUCGACGAGCUGGGCAAUCUCGUGAUGCCUGGUAAGAUGGAAGUGUCUGACGUCGACAUUAUACUUUAUCAGAGAAACAAGCCUGCCGUCAAGUGGCCGCUACGAUGUUUACGUCGAUACGGCUACGACGCGGAAAUUUUUAGUUUCGAAGCUGGCCGACGCUGCUCUACUGGUGCAGGGAUUUAUGCAUUCAAAUGUAACAGGGCUGCACAGCUUUUUAAUCUUGUACAGACAAAUAUUCAACAAGUUUUUACUAAUUGUGAUGAUACAGUAUCAAGAGACCUACAACUUAGUAGCACUCAUUCUGUGCCAAUGACUUCGCAUAUGACAAUACCUCCAGAUUCUAAUUAUUUGGAUCCAACACCAGUAGGAUGUAAUGGUCGUACAACAUCAACUUUGCCCCAUAGUCAACAGAAUGGUAGACUAAGUAGUGUUGGAAGCAGCAGUGGACCAUUGUCGCCUCAGGGUACGAUGGGCUCACCAUCUCCACCUCCUGUAGUGCCGUUAUCACUACCACCUCCUCCACCUUCUUCGCAAAGUCAUCCUCAAUCAAUUUAUUUAAAUGAUGAAGUUAAUCAAACGAACAUCAGUACUCGUCCAGAAUCUGAGCGCAACAAUAAUAAAAAUACUGAUAAGGACUCAACACCAAAAUCGUCUACUAUAAGUAAUUCUGCAUCAAGUACAGGAUUUUUGUCAAUGGAAUUGAAUUCCAUUAAUAUUUUGCCUGGCACUAAUGCAUCAACAACAAACCCUCAACUUCCUUUAUAUAUGAAUGUUGAAUUAAGUAAUGAUACUGCAGCAUUAUCUCCAAAUCAGGACAGUACUAGAGUAAUAUCACGAGAAAACAUAGAUAUUCCAGAUUCGCGAUCCUAUGUAAAUAUCGCAUUGUCGGAAGAUCAAAAGUUAAGUACCAAAAUGAGACCAGCUGUAUUAUCACUUGUGACAAGUCCAUUGCCAGAUAUGGAAGAAAAUGUCACACAUAGUUAUGCAAAUUUGGAUGCAAGUGAAAUUGAGGCCUUAAAAAAGCGUUAUUCCACUACAUCAAUAGCUCAUGGAAUAACUAGUGAUCAGACUCCUCCACCACAGCUUACUAGAGAAAUGAGUUAUGCUGUUUUAGAUCUGGAUCAAGCAGCAGCAACAGACACUGAUACCAAUGAGAUUGUAACUAGUCCAAAUGAAAUUGCAUCUGGUUCUAGUCCGCCAGAUUCACCUUUGAAAACACAUCAGACUCGCUACGUUACUAUAGAUUUUAAUAAAACCGCGGCGCUGUCGCAUUCUGUGAAUUCCAGUGACGUAAUGGACGAAGGUUCGCGUAAGACUCGUCAUAAUUCUACCAUAAGUGAUCUUGUUCCACCAGCAGCUUCGAUCAGGCACCAUUCAUCAAUGAGCGAGUGACCUUUGGCAUAUACUUUUUCCUUGGUAGUUUUAAUGGAAAGAAUUCUUGUAGUUCUUCCUCCACCCUUGUUACAAAAAGUAACAUUGCAAACCAUUAAUAUUGUCGUUUAUUAAAAACCGAUCGACAUAUUCUUCUCAUACGUUUUGAAUGAGUGUGGGGUACCAAGAGUAACCACUUACCCAUUCAAUUAGUUCUGUAUGUGCAUACACAAAUUUGGAAAAAUCUCCAAUUGACAAUUCUUAUUUAUGAUUAAAUAUUUUUUGUCUGCUAACGCCAAAUACUUUUUAAGAUUCAAGUACACUGAUGUACCAAAAAUGACUCAACUCUAGUAUGAAUAAGAAAAAGUGCAUAUAUAAAUAUAUAUAUAUAUAUAUAUAAAUAAUUUUAAAAGAUAUUAAAAGCAGUUACAAUAAAAUUUGUAAUGGUAAAGCAGGUCAUCAGAAGAGUUCAAUGAUAUACAAUAAAGUAAAAAAAUAAUUAUAGGAAAAAUGUACCAUGGUAUGAAACAAAGAUUUUGAGUCAUGAUUUUUGAAUAUCUUUGAGUUCAAUAACAUGGUUUGAAAAAUAGCAAAUAAAAAACGCUUAAUUCUGACCCAUGUUUACGACAAAUUUGAUGGAACGAGUAAAGCAUUUUUAGAAUUGAAAUAUACAUGCUGAGUAAUUUUUUUAUCUGAGUCCAAUGAAUAAUAUUGCUUGUAAAAAAAUGCUCUGAUUUUGUGUACAAUACUUGUGAUAAUAGAAAAAUGCGUAAAUCUUCUUGUAACAGAAGACUAUUACUCGUGUGGAAACAAAAAAAACAUUUUGUGACAAAGUAGUUGCCUAAAUAAAUCGUUUGUAUACGCCAAAUGUUACGUACAACUUUUUUUAUCGCGUAAACGACUUAUUGUCAACGCAUGUUGUGUACCAUAGUAGCCAAAGACGUUAGUUGAAUAGUAGAAAUAUACAUUAUGCAUUUAUAAUAGAAAAAAUUACAUGCAUUAUAAUAUUUCAAGUUCAAGUUUCUCAAAAUUUAACAAAAAAACCAGUUUAAACCACGCAUAAAGUACAAUAAUACAUUUUUUAAUUGAGUUUGUAUCAAUGCAUUUUCUAUGUAAAUUAUUUUGUAAAAUAAGAAGUUUUUACUACUGUUAUCAUUUAAAUUGUUACCCAAGAACUUUUUUUAUUACAUUUUCAAUUACAUAAACCAGUUUUAUAAACGUAAAGUUAAUGUUAUUUAAGAACAAAAGUUUUACCAAUGGAAGAAUAUAGCAGUGUUUCGUCCACCAUGACAGUAUUAUUUACAUUGUUUUCUGAAUUGUCAAUUUAAAUUUUAAUGAUGUUAUUGAAAAUUUAGCUAGGGAUUCUUCAUCAAUUUGGAUUGGAAAAAAAAUAAGAAAUUCAAAAAUCGUUGAGUUUUGAUUAUCGAUGAAAUUCGAAUUGGUAAGAAAUCGAAUCAAUUGUAAUCUAAUUUUCAGGUGGAUCCAAAUGGAAUGUUUUAUUUUUUAUAAAAAUCGUAUCACUCACCAGAGUACCAUAAAUAAUGCAAAAAAAAUGCCAACAUUUCCAAAAAAGUUGAAUACAUUUUCAAUAAAGGAAUUGUUUUUUUUAAAUAACGUAAUUACGCACACAAGAUGGCCUAGAAAUGUAUGCAGUCAUACUUACUGUUUGUAUUACUUGAAAAAUGAUGUAUUCAGUUACUUAACGUAAAGUUGCGUCAUUUAUUUUUUGUGACAUCGAAUGUGACAUGAGAAAAUGUAAAAUAAUAGGGAUAGGAAACAUGAUGGAUGAUGAUAAUUAGUUAAUAAAAAA